AUGAGUGAAUUGAACCCCAGACAGAGCCACAAAUCAUAUUUCGAGAAAUCGGAUUUGUUUUUCUUGUGCAUGAUGCAACCACUCUCUCUGGAGAUUCAGCCUCAGGAAGCAGAAAUAGAGGCAGCCCAGUGGAUGCCUUACGAAGAAUAUGUAGCCCAACCAUUUGUACAAAAACACGACCUUCCCAAGAAAAUUGCUGCUGUGUGUGAAUCCAAGAAAAACGGGAUCUAUUCUGGAUUUUCACCAUUGCCCACAUCCACUGGAUUUUCUCAGAAGAAUGCUUACCUGUACGUCAACAGCCGUGAUCUUGGUCGGAAUUCACUCUGA